CAUGGACAUGCUGAUACCAGAAAGUGUCUAGAGAAGAUCACACAUUGAUUGACCUUUUCUACAUGGAGUUAUUAUUGCCAGAAAAUUGUAAUUUAACUCUCUAUUUUGGUUCAUCAGAAUUUUGUUUUGCUCAUCCAUCAUAUUGUAACUUAAAAGCAGUUAAAUCUGGGGGUAAAUAUUGCAAUAGUUUACUACCAAGUGUUGGUAAGAAUCCUAGCUGACAUUGGAGGACAUUACAAGGAUAAAGAUGGUGACAACUCUACUGUUUAUGGCAUUAGGUCAUCGAUUAGUGUUAUCUUCAUUGGCAGCUGGUGAAGAGAUCAGGCUGGUCGAUGGCACUAGUCGCUGCUCGGGGACAGUAGAGAUUCUUUACAAGGGCCAGUGGGGACGAGUGUGUGGCCAGAAGUGGGACGUAAACGAUGCCAAUGUGGUGUGUGGCCAGCUGGGCUGUGGGAGAGCUGUGAGUGCCCAAGGUAGUGCCCACAUAGGUCAGGGUAGUGGUGGCAGGCCUACUUGGCUGGAUGAUGUUGGGUGUAAAGGCACUGAGAGCUCCCUCACAGAAUGCUCACAUGGAGGAUUGAAACACCAUGACUGUUUACAGGCUCAAGAUGCCAGAGUUGUCUGCUCAGUUAAACCUAAUAUCAGACUGGUCAAUGGGAGUGACCUCUGCUCUGGGAGGGUGGAGGUCUAUCAAACUGGACACUGGCGGACCGUGUGUGACGACGUGUGGGACUUGAAUGAUGCUGCUGUGGUUUGCAGACAGCUUGGCUGUGGGAGAGCUGAUAGUGCCCCAGAGAGGGCCUACUUUGGUCAGGGAAGUGGGCCCAUCUGGCAGGAUGAUGUUGGCUGCUCUGGCACAGAGUGCUCCAUCACACAGUGCCCACACACAGGAGGAGGAACACAUAACUGUAAUCAUGGUAACGACGCAGGUGUUAUUUGUUCAGGGGUUGUCUUGCAGAAGCCUACACUCUCCACAGACCCGUCCUACUCUGCCUUCUUGCAUGGAGAGGAGGUCCAACUCACCUGCACUCUUCCAUGCCGUAUCCUCUGUAAUGCUGUGGAGUUCAUCUUCUAUCUGAAUGGAGACUCCAUCAUGACCGUGACCGUUGGAUCCUCACAGCCCAGGGCUACUUUAACAAAGUUUAAGACAGACGCUUCACACCAGGGCAGUUACAGCUGUCUCUACAGAACCCACUCCAACGGCAAAGCCAUCAGCUCCCCUUACAGCAACAUUACUAAAGUGGUCCUGCUACAGCCCAACAUCUCUCUCAGUCCUCCAAAUGGAGGGAUGUUCUGGGGACUUCAGGGGCCAGAGGUGACCAGGGGCCACAGCUUCUCCAUCAUCUGCUCCAUUCAGCCACAGUAUCCCGGAGGCCUCUUCUAUCUGGACUUCUCUGGUUCCAACAGAACAGAGACUACGCCAGCAGUCAACCACUCUGCCUGCUUCCACUUCCCUGUUGCAGAGUAUAAAGACCAGGGGAAAUACAGCUGCAGCUAUGGAGUCAACAUCUCCACCUGGUCAUUCAGGUCGGCUAAUAGUGAACUAGCCGUCACCAUUAGAGCCUCUAUGGUCCCCAUCAUUGCCUCUGGAGGGACUGGUGGGCUAGUAUUCCUGUUUCUGCUUCUGCUUGUCAUCUGUCUCGUCAGCAGGAGGACCAGGAGGAGCAGCAAGCCAUCUACAGAGACUGACCAGAGAGAAUGUACUGACAACAGACACAGAGGGGAGGACAACGAAGAGGGAGAGGACUAUGUGACUUUUGAAAACGUCUGUUACGAGAGAGGUCUGGAGAGAGGGAAGAGGGAAAAGAAGAAUGAGGAGGAGAAAGGGCACAGCUAUGGGAAAUCAGAGGAUGUCUAUGACAACGGGGAGGGAAACACUCACAGAAAGGGUGUUUGUGGGGGGUCUCAUGAAAAAAUGAACGGUGACGAUGAUGAAGAAGUUUACGUUAAUGUCUCCGCUCAGGACAACGCUGUAACACAGGCAGGCGCGUCAGCUGGGUACAGCUCAAGAUAAAAAAAUAAAAUAAAAGUAGGCUGCAAAAAAAAAUGGCUAAAAUCAUUCCAAUCCUGCAUUAAAAUGCAACAGCUGUUUAGUGUAUCGAUUGGCUGGCUUUGGGAACAUGCAGACAUUUGCUUGGCGAGAAGCUGCCAGCCUGUGUAUGUUUCUCUCAGCAUUGAGCAGAGACAUGUUAGGGAAGAUUCAGAAUUUGUUGGUAACAUAUGUAAGAUGUUUUUAUAUUCAUCAAAUGUGUGUAAGUUACUUCUCAUCAGAAUGGUAUUUUUGUAUAAUGCUGUGGCGAGGUUGCAGUUAUCUGUUCUAUGUCAAAACUAAGUUGCAUGGGCCACAGAGAGGGGAGAGGUCAAAGUGUCAUCAUGUGUAAACAUAUCUUUUACUCCCUACCUUUUUCUAGUGUAGAAAGGAGGUUGGCAGUGUCUGGAAUCAUUCUCAUGCUCCCUUUUAUCUUAACCUAUAGCCUCACUCUCCUCUCCGUGAGCUUGUCCAGGUUUGGUUGUAUUUAGAGUUGGUUGUAUCUAAAUGACAAUUUGAUAUAUGCCUGUUGAUUUGGAGGAUUGGUUUAUGGUUCUGGGGUUUGGGAAAGGAGACAAAGCUGAACGAUGAAUUAUGUCUAUGCUGUCUGACUAUGUGUGAUCUUUGCUAUAAAGGAUCCCAUUUUGCCAUUGUGGGGGGACUCUCAACUUUUCAUUAGAGAUACUGAACUGUUGAAAGUCAAAAUGCUAUAGAGCUUAUAUAAUUAAAGAUGGACUUUUAUAACUAA